AAAUGAUGCUUGAAUUGGCUUGAAUUUCUUUGAAUUCUCAACCUUUGAUAAUUAUAAAUGAUAUUACUUAUAAUAUGAUAUUUGGAUGACUAUGGUUCUAUUUUCGCAGCCGAUUGCAGCAAAAAUGCACAAACAAGAUUUGUCUUCUGAAGUGAUGUGCGAAGCAGAGGUGUAGAUGGUCAGGAGUCAGGUGCUCGCCGAUGACGAGCCGCGAUGGGGCUGGACCAGUUCCCGAUGUUCCGCCUGGCGACGCUGCUGGCGCGCCAGCUCAGCUCGCCGGUCGCGGCGCGGAUCAAGGCGUUCGCGACGCGGCACCCGUGGGCGCGGCGCGCGCUGGUGGCCGGCACGGGCCGCGCCUACCGCGCCGCCGAGCUGCGCUGCAAGCUGUGGCUGCUGCGACUGGCCGCGCCGCCGCGCGCGCCGCCGCUGUCGCAGGCCGAGGCCGUGCAGGUCGGCGCCGACAUCCUCGGUAGGUACUCCUUUUCCAAUUCCAAUCAUUCGGUAGUGUGAAGGCCCC